AUGACGAACGAAGUCGAAAAAGACAUUGAAAAGGCCGAGAGCCAUUCAUCAAAUCAGGACGAUGACAGCGCCACAGUCCACGAGGACUCGGGCUUCGAGCCCAUCCGCACGGGCGCCGCCGGUACACGGUCACUCCGUCAGUCAAGAUCAUUGACCCGGACGCGGUCACAAAACGGCUACAGCUGUGACGAUUACCAAGAGGACGACAGCUCGCCAAGAGAACCGGAAAAGGACCAGUAUGAAGUGACUUUCGAGGGCGGCGACAGCGAUCCCAUGAGUCCACGUAGUUUGGGCAAGGCGAGAAAGUGGCUCAUUGUAUCCAUUGUAUCGUGCGCGAGUUUUUGCGUUACCGCUGCGAGCUCCAUCUACACCUCGACGUAUGCCCAGAUGGAUGCAGAAUUCGGCAACUCCCGACUGGUGAGCACUAUUGGCCUGUCAGUCUUUGUUCUCGGCAUCAGCUUGGGCCCCAUGUUCCUGAGCCCUCUCAGCGAGUUUUACGGACGCCGGCCCAUCUAUCUCGUCUCUUGGUCCAUGUAUGUCAUCUGGAUCAUCCCGUCAGCAGUCGCCAAGAAUAUUGCAACUAUGAUCGUUGCCCGGUUUUUCGACGGUUUGUCUGGCAGUGCCUUCCUCGCCGUAUCCGGUGGCACAGUGAGUGACUUGUUUGCUCGUCAUGAGCUCCAAGCCCCUAUGCUCAUGUACUCACUUGCUCCCUUCAUCGGACCAUGCAUCGGCCCGUUGAUUGGUGGCUUCGUCAACUACAACGCACACUGGAGAUGGACGUACUAUGUCAUGAUCAUCUGGGCUUUUGCGCUUUUGGUCGCCAUUGUCGUAUUCGUUCCUGAGACUUAUCAUCCGAUCGUCCUGCGGACCAAGGCACGCAAGAUCCGAAAAGAGACAGGUGACGAGCGGUGGAAGGCCCCUGUUGAGAACAUUACAAAGUCCGUCAUCAAGACAAUCGGCAUCUCCUUGAUGCGUCCCUUCCAGCUCAUUGCCUUUGAACCCAUGGUCCUCAGUCUCGACAUCUUCUCGGCCAUUCUCUUGGGUAUUCUGUACCUUUUCUUCGGCGCAUUCCCCCUCGUCUUCACAACGAUCCAUGGCUUCAACCUGUGGCAAGUCGGUCUCACCUUCCUGGGUAUCCUCGUGGGCAUGUUCCUUGCCGCCGCGACGGAUCCCUUGUGGCACCGUAUCCGUAGUCGACUCAUGGCCGACUUGGAAAAGGAGACGGGCGUCGAGGGUGCCAGCGAGCCAGAGUUCCGCCUUCCACCAGUCAUCCUGGGAGCCUUCCUCUGUCCCAUUGGCAUCUUCUGGUUUGGUUGGAGUCUUCAUGUGCACUGGAUCAUGCCCAUCAUUGGAUCCGCCAUUUUUGGAGCUGGAACUCUCCUCGUCUUCACUGGGAUCUUUACGUUUCUUGUCGAUGCUUAUCCUUUAUACGCCGCCUCGGCCCUCGCAAGUAAUGCGUUUGUGCGAUGCAUGUUCGCUGCCGCAUUCCCGUUGUUUGGAACGCAAAUGUACAACAAGCUUGGAUAUUCCUGGGCUUCGUCACUGCUCGCCUUCUUGACGGUGGCCAUGCUCCCGUUUCCAUACAUCUUCUUCAAGUAUGGCAAGAAGAUCAGAAGUCGCAGUCGGUUCGCCACGCGGGCGUGA